AUGGCUCCAGAACUCAUUCUCCCCUUGGCUGAGCAUUUUCCUGGGCGUAUCACUUACCGAGGAAAUGGGUACUUUGCUUCUAUUAAAGCAAAGUUUGAAGCCUUUAACCUGACCGAGAGGGUGAAGGAAACUCCUUUUGGAGUUUUUUGGAAUGCGAAUGAACUGAAAUUCUCCGGGGUGAUUGUGCAUCAACUACUGUUGAGGAAAAUGAAAGUGAGUGAGGUAAAGAAUGAUGAAGUGUGGUUUUACGUGGGUAAAACCGAGGCCAGAUUUGGAAGAUCUGAGUUUGGAUUGAUUACGGGACUGAAGAUGAGCGGUGGCCCCUCGACUGAAGAAUUGAAUACACUAUGUGAGUCUGAUCGGAUAUUGCGGGACUACCUCAAUAAUGCCAAACGGGUCACUUUCAAAACCCUUUGGCUAGCUUUUGAGGCGUGCGAUGUGGCCGACGACGUGUACAAGCUGGGGCUGUGUGCAUUUGUUGAAGGAGUGCUUCUAUCUAGGGCUGAGGGUGUUUAUAUAUGGUCGGAUAUGCUAAAGUUAGUAGAAAACGAGGAGAAGUUCUUCGAAUAUUCGUGGGGCCUUCUUUCAUAUCAGAAGUUGUUGUCAUCCACAGCCAAAAGUAUGACUGACCUGAGGAAGAACUACCUUGAUAAAUCUACUAAGGAUAAGAAGAAAGGGAAGAAGGAGAAAAAAAUUACUCAACCAGAGGCGAAGUACAAUGUCUACGGAUAUGCACCGGCGCUACAAUACUGGGCCUUUGAGGUGAUGCAGAUUUGGGGAAGAAGUACGGGCGGUGCGGAGGGACUAGAUUCCCUCGAAUGUUGA